ACUUCCCAACCCACGAUCAUCGUUGAGAAUCACUCUGCCUACCAAGCUAGAGCCUCAUCGACCUCACUAGCACAACCGCAAAUCCUCGCAGCGACAUCCGCCCAGCGCACCACCACCACCACAUCCCGCUACCACUAGAUUUGCUCAGCAACUCCACCGCGGCGAACUAUCCACUCUCUUCCCAUCCCACUCCCCCCUCGCACGCAUCUCACUCGCGCAUCAUGACCGCAGCAAUCGCACCCGAGACUCCCUCCAAGAAGGUCGCGUCCUCCUUCGCCGACAUUGACGUCAAUGCAACCCCCUCAAAGAAGGCUGCCCCCGCUGACGCAGACGACUUCUCAGAGCCGGCUUUCCUCUCAAAGGGCAAGACGGCCCCCACCGCCGCAGAGGUCGAGAAGAAGUCACACGUCGCCGACGAUGUUGUUCACGGCAAGUUUGUGGGAGAGGUCGACCUGCCUGAGGAGGACGAGCCGCUCCUCGUCGAGAGCUCGCGUCGUUUCGUCCUGUUCCCCAUCCGCUUCCACGAGAUCUGGCAAAUGUACAAGAAGGCUGAGGCGUCCUUCUGGACCGCCGAGGAGAUCGACCUGUCCAAGGACAUGCACGACUGGGACAACAAGCUCAACGACAACGAGCGCCACUUCAUCUCGCACGUCCUCGCCUUCUUCGCUGCCUCAGACGGCAUCGUCAACGAAAACCUCGUCGAGCGCUUCUCGUCCGAGGUUCAGGCCGCCGAGGCCCGCUGCUUCUACGGCUUCCAAAUCAUGAUGGAGAACAUCCACUCAGAGACGUACUCGCUCCUCAUCGACACAUACAUCCGCGACCCUGCACAGCGCGAGUUCCUCUUCGAUGCCGUCGAGACCAUUCCCGUCGUCAAGCAGAAGGCAGACUGGGCCCUGCGCUGGAUCAGCGACAAGCGCGCCACCUUCGCUGAGCGUCUCGUAGCCUUCGCUGCGGUAGAGGGCAUCUUCUUCUCUGGCUCCUUCGCUUCCAUCUUCUGGCUCAAGAAGCGCGGUCUCAUGCCUGGUCUUACCUUCUCCAACGAGCUCAUCUCGCGCGACGAGGGCCUGCACACCGACUUUGCCUGCCUCCUCUUCUCGCACCUCAAGAAGCGCGCCCACCCGGACACCGUCCGCGCCAUCAUCGUCGAGGCCGUCGAGAUUGAGUGCGUCUUCCUCACCGACGCCCUGCCCGUCGCCCUCAUCGGCAUGAACGCCAAGCUUAUGUGCCAAUACAUCGAGUUCUGUGCCGACCGACUCCUCGUCGCUCUCGGCAACGACAAGCAUUACAAUGCUAGCAACCCCUUCGAUUUCAUGGAGAACAUUUCGCUUCAGGGCAAGACGAACUUCUUUGAGAAGAAGGUCGCCGAGUACAGCAAGACUGGUGUGGCUCGCAAGGAGGGCGACGAGGGUGAUGGACGCCAGCAGAACACUCACUCCUUCUCCCUGGAGGAGGACUUCUAAGGG